AUGACGUUCAAAUUUCCUCCGCCUCCGCCGCCGCCGCCGCCCAAGGCUACGUCAAACGAGCAGACAUACCCAAGUCAACGAGAAGGUCACAACCGAGGAGGAGGCGAAACAGGCCGCGGAAGAGGAGGAUAUCAGAACAGAGGUGGUGGCUUCCAUAACGCUGCCGGGAACUCAAGGGGUGGUCAUGGACAGAAUCGUGGGCGAGGAGAUGCGCGUGGCAGAGGCCAAAGGGGAGGUUAUCAAACCAACAGAGGGGGUGGAUACCAUAGGAACGACACCAGAUAUGGCCAUGGAAACGAUCUCAGGAAUGCGCCGCAGAAAGCCACCUCACCAGAAGCACAUGCCAACCCCCAGUCUCCACCGUUCGCAUACAGCCAGCCCGGUCCUCAGUAUUCUCCGCCCAAGCAUGCAGGCCAGAAGCGAAAAUUGAACGACCGCAACGGCAAUGCGCAAUCGCAAAGGAACUCCCAGCAACACAGCUCCAAACCACCCCGAGCCAAGGCUGCCGUGCCACCACAGGUACCCAGCUUUGGCUUUUCGCUGCCGCUACCUUCGAUCCCGAAACCGGACAACAAGAAGCGCAAGGUCACUCUUGGGCUCUCACAAAAGGUUGAGCAGGAUGAAAGUAGUGGUGAAGAGGACGUCGACGAAGAGGCCGCAUUUUCUGCGAAACUAAAGAGUGGGGGCUUCGCUUUUGAGCACGAAGGAGAGACCAUUACAAUACAAACGGGCGCUGAAGUUGCAGCAUGGAUCAAGGAUCGCAGGAAAAACUUUCCAACACAACAGAGGAUCAUAGAAAAGCAGGAAGAGGCCGCGCGCAAACGUUCAGCAGAGCUCGAGUUUUUGCGCAGAAUGAAAGGGAAGCCGCCAAAAGAGAGCGAACCAGUGACACCCAUUCAAAAACAACCGAACAAGGAUCGGAAUGGAGCCAAAACCGACAGCGCAAAACAAGAGGCGGAAAAAAGGAGACAAGAGGAGCUGGCUACAUUGCGCAAAAAGUUGCACGAGAGCAUGGUGAAGAAGCAGUCGGCACCAGCGACGGUAGACCUUGGACUGGGAUAUGAUAGCGAGACAGAGUCGGACGAGGAGAGCUCGGUUCUCUCCGAAUCAUCGGUCGUGUCCAGUUCAGAAGAGUCAGAUUCAGAUUCCGGUUCCGAUUCAGGGAGCGACGAGGCUCCAGAAACGGCAUCAUCAAAAACUGCGCCGCCGCCAAUAAAAGUCCCACCUCCUCCGCCUGCGACUUCGCGAGCAGAAACGAAGAGCAAAAAAAUGUGCACAAACUGGAAGCGAAAUGGAAGGUGUCCGUACUUGAGCAAAUGCAAAUACCAGCACCCACCAAAGGAAGAGGAUAAUAAGCGUCAGGGGCUGUAUGAGCGCAUGGUAGAGCAGGAACUUGUCAAGGCGGACCAGCUCGCGCUUGACGCGAUCAAAUACCUGGGGCAGAAUGGAUUUCUGGGGUGA